CGCACUUUGGAAGAAAAAUUCAUGAAUUUAUCACUUAUUCUCAGUAUUCAGAAGGAAUCCACACAUUUAAUUUUUAAUAAAAGGUAAUUUAGUGUGACGAAGUAAUCAUGAGUCGAUUUUUUGCAACUGGUACAGACUCUGAGUCGGAAAGUUCGAGCGAAGAAGAGCAGGUAGUGCGCCCAGCAGCGCCUGUUUACACUUUCAGUGAUGAUGAAGAAGAAACAAAGCGUGUAGUCCGUUCCACAAAGGAAAAACGAUAUGAAGAGCUUGAGGGUAUCAUUCACUCACUCCGAAAUCACCGCAAGAUCAAAGAUUUUUCAUCUGCAUUGGCAUCUUUUGAGGAUCUGCAAAAAGCAUACACUAGGGCUGCACCAGUUGUACAAAAAGAAGAGAGUGGAAUAGCACCACGGUUCUUUGUAAGGGCUCUGGUAGAGUUGGAUGAUUGGGUCUCCGGGGCAUGGACCGACCGUGACAGCAGAAAGACAUUAUCUAAAGGAAAUAGCAAAGCACUUACUUCAUUGAGACAAAAACUAAGAAAGUAUACUAAAGAGUUUGAAGCUGAGGUUUCUAAGUUCCGUGAAAAUCCAGAUUUACCCGAUGAUGAUGAUGAGAAGAAAGAUACCUCAUCAUCAGAUGAGUCAGAAGAUGAAGACAAAAUUAAGGAGAAGCCACGAGUGCGCCGCUCACCAGAGCCACCCCGCCGCCCUCCACCGCAAGAAGACGAAUCUUCUGACUCCAUGGAUUGGGGUUCUAGCUCCUCUGACUCUAGCUCUAGCUCUGAUGAUGAAACGCCUGGAGUCACCAACUUGCGUGAGCGGUUCUUGAAGAGACCCACAGAAAAAGAGGAAGAUGAAGAAAAAGCAGACCGGAGACGUGCCAGGAAGGCUGAGCGCCGCGAGAGAGCUGGUAAAAUCAGCAAGAAAGACCAGGCUGAUGAUGGUGGAGAAUGGGAGACUGUUAGGAAAGGUGCUGCAACUUCUGAUAAGCCUAAGAUGUUUGCUAAGGACAGUGACAUUGAUGCUGCUCUUGUAGUGAAAAAAUUGGGCGAGAUCAGCGCCGCCCGAGGCCGCAAGCGCACCGACCGUCGUGCGCAACUUGAACUCCUUCACGAAUUGCGUACGGUCGCCCAACAACACAAUUUGGGCGAUGCUCUACAGCUGAAACUUCGCGCCGCAACAGUCGCUGCACUUUUUGAUUACAACCCGAAAGUAUCGGACGCCAUGAAGCCUGAAUACUGGUCUAGAUUAGUUGAAAACGUCGACCACAUGGUGACAAUCCUUUUAGCUAAUGAAGAUAUGAUGCUAAGCGAGACUAUUACUGAAGAAAAUGAGCAGCUUGUUACUCCCCCUUAUCGCGUACGCGGGUGCGUGCUGACUGCGUUGGAACGCCUCGAUGAUGAAUUCACCAAGUUGCUGAAGGAGUGUGAUCCUCAUUCUAAUGAAUACGUGGAAAGGUUGAAAGAUGAAGUGCGCGUUUCCGCUUUGAUUGACCGAGUGUGCCAAGUCGUCGAGCGAGAUGGGUCUCCGCAAGAAAUUUGCCGCGCUUAUUUGCGCAAGAUUGAUCAUUUAUAUUACAAAUUUGACCCGCGCGCCGUGCGCAAAGAUCUUCCACCUGGUGAAGAGACCAGCAUUAAGAAAAUGGAACGUCUCUGCAAAUACGUUUACGCUCAUGAUGAAACUGAUCGUCUUAGAACUCGUGCUAUUCUGUCACACAUUUAUCACCACGCUCUGCACGACAACUGGUUCCAGGCACGCGAUCUGCUCCUGAUGUCGCAUUUGCAGGAGACAGUCCAACAUUCUGAUCCCAGCACACAGAUUUUAUACAAUCGUACUAUGGCUAAUUUAGGUUUGUGCGCUUUCCGCCGCGGUAACGUAAAAGAAGCUCACGGCUGCUUAGCUGAGCUGAUGAUGACUGGCAAGCCUAAAGAAUUGCUUGCACAGGGUUUACUUCCUCAAAGACAACACGAGCGUUCAAAAGAGCAAGAAAAAAUAGAAAAGCAACGCCAAAUGCCGUUCCACAUGCACAUUAACUUAGAAUUGCUGGAGUGUGUGUACUUGGUAUCAGCGAUGUUGAUUGAAAUUCCUUAUAUGGCUGCGCAUGAGUUCGACGCACGACGGCGUAUGAUCAGUAAGACUUUCUACCAGAAUUUGCGCGCAAGUGAGCGGCAGGCGUUAGUGGGCCCGCCAGAGUCUAUGCGCGAACACGCCGUGGCUGCUGCGAGGGCGAUGCGUCGUGGCGACUGGCGUGCCUGCCUCAACUUUAUUGUUAAUGAGAAGAUGAAUGCUAAGGUAUGGGACCUUAUGGUGGGCGCAGACAACGUAAGGGCGAUGCUAGGGCGUUUGAUCCGUGAAGAAUCACUGCGUACAUACUUGUUCACCUAUGCACACGUCUACGCUUCUCUAUCACUGCGCUCACUGGCUGAUAUGUUUGAGCUACCGAGACAACGUGUGCAUUCACUCGUCUCCAAAAUGAUAAUCAAUGAGGAAUUAUUAGCUUCACUUGAUGAUCCUAGUGAAUGUGCUAUUUUGCAUCGUUCUGAACCUACUAGGAUGCAAGCACUGGCGCUUCAGCUUGCUGAUAAGGUUGGCAAUUUAGUAGACUCGAACGAACGUAUUUUCGAGAAGCAAGGUUCAUUCUUCCAGAGAGGCGGAGCUGGACGAGGCGAAGGCAGGCAGCGUGAACGCCCUCGCGAGGGUUGGAACCGCCGUCAGCGUAACCGACGUCGUGAUGACGAGCGUUCCCAUGAUGAUUAGGGGUUAAGUUUUUAUCAGCACGCUUCAGCAAUGCGCCUGUACUAAAUAACAUCGAAUCCAUAAUUCAUCACAACGAUUGCACACAAAUUUUGAACUCGUGAACUUCGGGAGGGUCUGACUUAGUAAUAUGUAACUAAGCUUCACGCGUAAAGUUCUUUCCAUAUCCGACCCUAGGUCGAGUUAUGCGUUAUGGUUGGAUAAUUGAGCCACAUAGCGAAAAAGCCUAGGUUUGCAAAAGAUAAUGUAAUAGUUGGUCGUACAUUGCUUUGACAUUUUUUAUUAGGUCUCGACUAAUAAAAAAUAUCAAAUAAUAUAAUCUAAAUAUCAAAUAAAGAUAAUCGUGGUACUGAAGCGUGUUGGCAAAAGCAACCCAAAAACACUUAAUAAUCUGUGAAACUACACGGUUAUUGCACGGCGUAUAAAUACUACAAUAAAAAUGGAACUUCAAAAAUUUGCAUAUUUACUUUAAUAUGCCACAGCCAGUGGUCCAAUGCGAAAUCCUAGUGUAGUUCAUCUAAGUCUUGAAAGAAAUUAGUAACAACCAGUUCCAUUAAACGUAUUUACGGUACGAUUCUCGUAUGAAAUAUUUCAUAAUUGAAAACUCGAAAUAUCAAAAUGAUUUUUCAAUAGCCCAAUUUUCUAAGGUUUCUCACUAUAGAAUCAAAAACCUCAUUUAUUUUACGCCGAGUAGAACUAAUUAUUCUUUUUAUUUUAUUGAUCAGUAUAAAGAAUAUGUUUAAUAAAAAAGUC